CGCCAGUGCAGGAGGGAGGGAAAGGAAGGAAGGGAAGAAGGAGGCGGGCAGGCGGGCUCAGGGGCGUCGGGGAACUGAAGCAGCCGAAGCAGGAGAGUUCCGGGCGCUGUGUUGGGGCUGGCACGGGGCUUUUGCAAGGGCCAGGCGUUGGAGUGGGCUGAGGAGAAGCGGACACCGGGCGGGCUUGGUUGGUGCUGGGGGCGGGGGACCGGACAGGCGAGAAGGGGGGUUUCGCCGCGGUGCCUGCGCUGCCCUCGCCGCUCUCCCGGGCUCGGCGGGUUCCCUCGCGGCGUGUGUUCCCCGCCCCCCCGUCCCCGCCGCGGUAUGUCUUGAUCCCGAGCGGCGGGUUUCAUGGGGCUUCUCAGGAUCAUGAUGCCGCCCAAGUGGCAGCUGCUGGCGGUGGUGGCCUUCGCCGUGGUGAUGUUCUUCUUGGAGAACCAGAUCCAGAAGCUGGAGGAGUCCCGCUCCAAGCUAGAAAGGGCAAUUGCCAGACAUGAAGUCCGAGAAAUUGAACAGCGGCAUACAAUGGAUGGCCCUCGGCAAGAUACGGCUCUAGAUGAAGACGAAGACGUGGUGAUCAUUUAUAACAGAGUUCCCAAAACUGCAAGCACCUCAUUUACCAAUAUCGCCUAUGACCUCUGUGCAAAGAAUAAGUACCAUGUUCUGCACAUCAACACUACCAAAAACAAUCCAGUGAUGUCAUUGCAAGACCAGGUGCGCUUUGUAAAGAAUAUAACUUCCUGGAAGGAGAUGAAGCCAGGGUUUUACCAUGGACACAUUUCUUAUUUGGAUUUUACAAAAUUUGGUGUGAAGAAGAAACCCAUUUAUAUCAAUGUCAUAAGGGACCCUAUUGAAAGGCUAGUUUCCUAUUACUAUUUUCUGAGAUUUGGAGAUGAUUAUAGACCAGGAUUAAGGAGACGAAAACAAGGAGACAAAAAGACCUUCGAUGAAUGUGUGGCCGAGGGCGGCUCAGACUGUGCUCCAGAGAAGCUGUGGCUUCAAAUCCCAUUCUUCUGUGGCCACAGCUCGGAAUGCUGGAACGUGGGAAGCAGGUGGGCUAUGGAUCAAGCUAAGUAUAACCUGAUUAAUGAGUACUUUCUGGUGGGAGUAACUGAAGAGCUGGAAGACUUCAUCAUGCUGUUGGAGGCAGCCUUGCCCCGGUUUUUCAGGGGUGCUACAGAACUCUAUCGUACAGUAGGAAAGAAAUCUCAUCUUCGGAAAACCACCGAGAAGAAACUGCCCAGCAAGCAAACCGUGGCGAAGCUGCAGCAGUCGGAUGUCUGGAAGAUGGAGAAUGAGUUCUACGAAUUUGCGCUGGAGCAGUUCCAGUUCACCAGAGCCCACGCUGUCCGCGAAAAGGACGGAGACCUCUACAUCCUUGCACAGAACUUUUUCUAUGAAAAGAUUUACCCUAAAUCGAACUGAGUCCCAGGUGUGACUCCAAGAUCGUCUACCCUGGCCCCCCCCACCCCCACCCGCCUUCGCGUUUGCUCAGCUGCUCCCCCCGGGACUGGCGACGGCGCGGGAGAGGGUGCCGGGUGCCGAGCGGAGUUAGCGCACGUGCCGGCCGCGGGGUCAGUGUUCCAGAAAGCUGUUAACUUGCAGGCUUUUUUCUUUUACCUUUUUGUUGUUGAGGUUCUGUUUUCAUUUUGGUGAUAUUAGAACUCUCUGGGAUAGGGGACUUUACCUAAAGUAAACACAUGGUAGGUUUAAUCAGAAGGUUAAAUACAGUGUCAGGAAAGAUUCUGAUAAGCUUUUGAUAACUUUUUUUUUUUUUUUCAACAAACAUGAGUGAAGAAGGAUAAGUGUCACCUCUCCCUUCUCUGGAGGUGUGACACCACCUCUGUGGAACAGUGUUAAUAACCGUUAGGCAGUAUAUGGUCCGCUUCUGUGAAUCCUGUCUCACGCCAUUUAUUGGAAUGUUUUGAUCAUGUUUGGUAAGAAAUGUUUCUGCUGUAGUUGAAUUUGCCCAUAUUUAUGUAGGCAAACUUUAAAUUUUUUUUGAUGCUCAUUACAGUUGAAAAAUGAUGUUAAACCAUGAAUAAUACAGUAAAAAGCAGUUAAAGCAGUAUUUCUCAUUCCUCUGCCUGGUGCAUGGCCCUGGGAAGACAUUUCCGAGAAGGCUGGCAUCGUCUGAGGCUUGAGUAAGGCCUUGCGCACAUUCCCAUUUGAGUGAGCUCCGUGCGUGUUUGUCAUAGUUCUUUGUGAAGCUGCUCACGGAGGCUCCGUGUUAGGACCCCGGCAGUGAGCUGCGAUAUGGGUAGGAUUUUCAGACUUCUGUACUUUUACCUGUAGACUAUUUUUACUAAGGUGCUUUAUAAUGUGUUUUAAAGCAUUGCAUUUACAAAAGAAAAAAAAGGAAAUGCUGUAAAUAUUGCAUAUUUUAAGUAUUUGGACCAAAAGGUUACAAAUAAUCAGACAGAAGUGGUUUUGCACCAAUUUUAUUAUGUCAAGUAAAGUCAUCAGACCUACGGUUCUUGUAUUUAUCAUUUAACUUUAUGGUUAAGACAUCACCGAAGUAACUGAGUAGCCUUUCACUGUUGACAGAGGACAUCUGUCACACCGGAGGCGAUGGUGGACGAGGGCCAGAGCAAGAGCCAGAAGAUGUGCUUCUGGCCCCCACUCUGCCUGCCAGCUGCGGGGUCCCAGGCAAGUCACCUAACCUCUCUCUGCCUCAACUUCCUCAUCUUGAAGCGAGGCUUACAAUACCUGCUGAACCUACCUCACAGGGCUGUUGUGAGGACUAAGCGACAUGGCAUGUGGCGAGAGCACUUUGAACUGUGAAGUGGGAGAUAAAUAUGAGGUGUUGUCAUAGACACGUCUUUCACGUAGUUUCAUACUAUCCAUUUUUUAACAUCAAAAAGGGAAAGUCUGCUUUUAAAGCUUUGUGAAAGUUUAUCUUGAUAUAAAUUUGUGUUUGAUAAAUAUCUUCUCGGUGUUUUUAUCUUCCAUGUUUCAACAACUAUUGAAAUAUGAAACACCUGUGAACUCUUAGACGCAUGACUGCGCUGGAGUUCGGGAGGCUCCGCGUUACAGACAGACUUCAUGAGCAGAGGACUGUGCGCUGCACAGCUAGGGCAUGCUCUUGGGUUCACUUCACACUGCUCUUCAGAGAUGGGAGCUAUUUGGUACCUCUGGUUUUACCAGUGUGUUGUGCAGUUUAAUUUCUCUGUAUUCCAGGGAUAAAGAAUUUUUGAAGCCUUUUCUAAAAGGAUAGUUGCUAAUAUUCUGAGUUUGGGUGAAUGUUUCUAAACAAAGCCACAGCCAACUGAGCACUUUAGGCAGGACACCUUGAAGGUUCCAACUGUUGGGGUGGGGGGGACGAACACUUCAGGAGUAAGUGUUAUUUCCCCACAGUAAUAAGAACUGUCAAGAGCACAUAGCCAGGAAUACUUUUAUUACUUAGUUUUCUGGUUUUUCUCCCCCCACUACUCCGCUUUUCCAAUUCAGUUUCAGGUAUUUGCUGAAAACAUGAAUUGUCUUUUUUGCCUGAGAGCUAAAACACCACUUCAAGGUGGGGUGUGAGCAAAGCCCAGGGUGUUCCGGAGGUGCAUGCUAAGAUCUCCUUGAAACGCAUUUGCGAUUUUAGGUAACUGCAGCAGCUCUAAGCUCACUAGCUCGGGGGAUCAGUAAACUGUUCUUGUGAAGGAUCAGUGAGUAAUACUCUGUGUGUAAUAUGUCUCUAGCACAGCCACUCUGUUACUGUUGCAAAGACACAGUCAUAGACAGUAUAUGGUUAUGUUCCAAUUAAACCUUGUAACAGAAAAGAUGGCAUGCCAGAUAUGGACCAUGAGCUGUAAGCCCCUGCACUAGAGCAACCGCUAUUUAUAGAGAAUCCAUUUUUGUAUCUACACUCAAGUGGCCCGGGAGAGUGUGUGCUCUCCAAAUUUCCUAGCUUACUGUCCAAAGGAUUGCUCACUGAAUCAUGCAGUCACUCCCGCAGAUUGCCACACAUCUGUGUGUAUUGCUUCCAGGUGGCCAUGUUUUCUUUCCUACUUCACCAGUUCAGAACUGAAUGCUGAUCACCUUCAGAGAUGGGUGGGCUAAGCGUUUCCUUUCUGGAGACUGAGAAAGCGGUGAGUUUGAUUCUGUCUGCUCCCGAACAGUCCUAGGAGUCUGAGUCCUUACAGUAGUUUAUAAUCAAAUAAAUAGGACCAUUGAGACAAGGUGUAUUUUUUUUAACAGUGGCAGAUGUGGUUUUCUCUUUUAAGCCUUUGUGCUCUUUCAGUAUUUUGACCAUAGGGAGAUAUUUUUUUUAUAAUGCAAAAGUAAAUUAACCACCUUGGAUUUUAAAGAUAAUGUUAUGUGUGUAUACCUAGCUAUAUCUAUAUAUAUCGACGUUUGUUUCCUAAGAAGAAAAAGUACCUUUUUGUUCCAUCUGUAUAAACCCCUGUUUUCUACUUGGUGUUGAUUAAUUAUUGUGACUGUUUUAAAUGUAAUGGGGAGGCCAGGUGUGGUGGCGCACGCCUUUCACCCCAGCACUCGGGAGGAGAGGUAGGAGGAUCGCUGUGAGUUCGAGGCCAGCCUGAGACUCCAUAGUGAAUUCCAGGUCAGCCUGGGCUAGAGUGAGACCCUACCUUGGGGGAAAAAAAAAUGUAAUGGGGAGGAUAUAUUUUGAUUUUUCCCAGCUUUAAUCUGUAAAGUAUCAUUUAAAUAUAUCUGAUAGCAACACUUAAAA